CACUCCAUAAACAUAUAUAUAUAUAUAUACACGCACGCACGCACAUAUAUAUAUAUAUAUAUAUAUAUACAUGGAUAACGCUAAUCAACAAAGACGACGACGUCUCAAGCAACCCAAAUCCACCCUCCAUGAAUCCGAAGAAGUGAGCAGUCUUGAAUGGGAGUUCAUCAAUAUGACCGAACAAGAGGAAGAUCUCAUCUUUAGAAUGUACAGACUCGUCGGUGAUAGGUGGGAUUUAAUAGCAGGAAGGAUUCCGGGAAGACAGCCCGAGGAGGUAGAGAGAUAUUGGAUAAUGAGAAACAGCGAAGGCUUCGCUGAGAUUCGAAGACAACAACGUUUGAAGAAGAAAUCUUCCCGCGGCCCUGCUUCUACUUCUCAUUAUCCAUAAUAUCAUUUAUUCAUAAAAUAAAAUCAUCGGUCUUUUUUGUAUUACUUUUUUUUUUUUGUACCUAGAGGUCAGUCGAAUCCGCUUAUAAUUAAAAUUUUACCACUUGUAUUAUUUUAUUCGAUUUUAUAUUAAACGUUAUUGGAAUAAAUAUGUACUUGAUGCCGAACCUAAACCAAACAACA